GGCGGAUGUUAUUGUUCUUCACCUCAGCGAUGGAUGAUAAAGAGCAGUCAUCACAUAUUUGGAUGUUAUAAAGGAAUGAGCUGAUUCUUAUCAGUGUUGAAGAUGGAGAGGAGCAGAAAGUGCAUCCUGUGUGAGACGGUCCACGCCUCCAGACAGGAGAUGGAUGAGCAUAUGAGAAGUAUGCUGCACCACCGAGAGCUGGAGAAGCUAAAAGGCCGGGACUGCGGACACGAGUGCCGAGUGUGUAAAGUGACGGUGGUGAGCCUGACCGACUACGCCAGCCACAUCUCCAGUCCUACGCACAAGCAGAAGGCCGAGGCCGCCGAGCAGAAGCAGAGCCACAACGAGGCCGAAGAGGACUACUUCGACCAAGGCCUGGUGGACCUGAUCGACAAGAGGAAAGAGCAGAUCAGAAAAGAGAAAGAGGCUGCUGCCUUAAAACGAGCAAACGAAGAGGAAGAGCAAAGGAAAACUAACGAAUUCCAUCGGAGGUUAAAGGAGGCUCAGGAGCGUUUCCAGCUGGAAUGUGACUGGUCACAACCAUCAAAUGGUUUCAGUGGAUCCAACCAGUACAGUUGGUAUAACAGCAACCAAUACAACGCCCCAGCUGGACAGGGACGCGCAGAUUAUAGACCUUGGCAGCACAGUAAACAGGGAAAGAGCGCCACCUGGCACGCUCAGCAGCCUCCCAACUUUCACAAAUGGGCAUCUGGAGAGUUUUCAAGUGGGAGUCUGCACAACCAAGAGAGAUGGAACAACAGGCAGUGGGAUCAGGGCAUGCACUCUGGGGGUCAGAAACCUCGGCUGCCCUGGCUCAGCAACGGAGGAAGCAGCAAUGGCAUCUACGGACGCAACAAUAUUUCCCAGUAUCCCCAGAGGAGCCGGCCCCUGAGCCUCCUGGGACCCCCAUCCUGGUUUCCAUCACCGCCAAAAUUUUUCGCACAUCAGUUUCCAAAUACAGACCGUAACGAGGGAGGUCAUCAGGGCGACAUGCCUCAUAACGGUGAGCAACAGAACGCAGAAACUGAUCACCACAGUAGUAAGACCUCCAAGGCCUUUGGCAGCAAUUCAAAACUGGACAAAGUCUGUCGUUGGUCGCCUUAUCCGGUCACUAAGGGGCUCGAGUCUACAUCACACAAUCACGCAAACUCAUCCGAGAAAAACAACAUGGCAUCCAAACCUCAGAAGCAAGAAAAGGCAGCAGAUAACAAUGCUUUUAACAGAAAGUCAAGACCUGAGCAGAAACCAGGGCCAGCGGGCUCUGGUGGGCAAAGUGUGGCAGAAAAAUGGAAGCAUAAAACCAACCUCGCAGCCAAAUCCAGAGAUAGGAGUAGUAGUGGCAGUCGGAGCAGCAGCGCUCAAAGAGAAUCUCAGCAAUUUCCUACUCCCAGUUUAAGAGAAGGUCGCCGAAACUCUUCACCCAAUGCACCCAGCCAGAAGACGAGCAAACCAGCUGCACAGAAAGACAAGAAGCUGUCCUCAGUUUCUGGUUCCAACAGUGCUGCUCAAAUUAGCAAGACUUCCAGUCAAGUAAGUGAAAAGGUAAAGUCGAAGCACAGUGGACUCAGCGCUCCACCUGUUGGCCUCCUGCAGUCACGGCACGAUCAGCAGAUCCAAGAAACUCUGAGGAAAGCCAGGCAGAUUGUGCUAGAGAAGAAGGCGUCUUUAGAAAGUUCAUUACCGAACAGAGCGGAGGCAACUCAGCAGAGUAAAGAGGAGCAGCAGAGGACUCAAGCCCCGAGUGGAAUCAACAAAGAAAACAGCUGCAGGCAGAGACCAGCGCUGCCGGAGUCCAUCAGACUGGGUCCACAUGGGAAGGACAAAGAAAAGGUUGCAUCUUCAGACAGUAACCAGUCACUCCAGUCAUUACAGGUCAGCACCUCCACCGAAGAGAGGCUGAACUUUGCAGCUCCGAGCCCGGAAGACGAGGAGAGGAGGAAAAGAGAGAGGGAGGCCUGUGCAGACGAGGCCAUGCAGGGUUUAGAGGUCGGACAGGGUUCAGAGAGCGACACCUCCAGGGGCGGUGAGGCCCAGGCAGGUCCGAACGCCUCUGGUCUGUCCAAGCUCGACCUGCCUCCCGUCUUAAAGCGAGACCUGACCAAACACAUGAGCUCCAAGGCCAAAGUAGGCGUCAGUCACGAACCCAACCUGAACAUUGCCAGGCGGGUCCGAAACCUGAGCGGGUCGAGGAAGAACGACGCGGACAAGGACUCAGGGCUGAAACCGACCGUACGGCAGCUCAUCAGCUCCUGUGGGUCGCGGCGUAACGUCAACUGGGAUCAGGUCUAUCAGGAGGUCCGCAAGAAGCAAGACAAAGGAAAAGGAAUGCCAAGGUUUGGAAUAGAGAUGGUGCCAUGUGACCAAGAGGACCACAGUCAGGAGGAGGACGACCUUCCUCUGCUCCAGGGUUUCCAGUGGGAGUCACUGAUGGACAUGUCCUCCAGCUCCGCCUCCGCCACCUCCCGCAAGCGCUCCUUAUCCGAGAGCAGCAUCGCCCCCAUGCCUGCGCAGUCGCUGUUCCCAGAAAGCUUGACCUCAGACCUUCAGAGAUGCUCGGGUUCUCCACGAUACGCCCAGGGGACCAAAGAGGAUCAGGCCCAGCAGGACUUGGACUUGGACUUGAAGCAGAUGUUCAGUCACAGUGAAACCAUAGGGGUGAAACAGGAGGACGGUGUAACGGCGGGGACAGCCAGGAGUCUGCAGCGAUCCGAUUCAGCGCUCGGAGACAGCAGUUCAGGAACGGAGCUGUGUGACGGUCAGGGAACAGGGAAGAAGCGCCGAGCGACUCGGGAAGUGCCAAAUCCUGAGACCUCCGGCUUGGAACACAAUAACAAAAGAAGAAAAAUUAAGCCCAAAAAAGAGCGUUUACAGAUCGACCAGCUGCUGGCGGUGUCUCUGCGUGAGGAGGAGCUGAGCCGGUCUCUGCAGACCCUGGAUACAAACCUCAUCCAGGCUCGGGCAGCGCUGGAGGCGGCCUUGAUGGAGGUGCAGCGACUCAUGGUGGCGAAACAACAGAUGACCACAGAGAUGAGCACGCUGAGAAACAAACGUAUUGAGUUACUCAAAGGGAUGCAAGGUACUCGGGAGGAAUCGCCUGGGUUGAAGCUGAAAGAGGAAAAGGUGGACUCGUUUGAAGUUGAGCUCGUCGCGCCCCCCUCCCUCCCCUCGUCUACGGACCCCCCAGCCUCUGCUGUGGGUCCAGGUCCUGCUGCCCAGCGCUCUGUUCCCAGUCCUAAUCACUGCGCUCAGCGGGCCUCCCCUCCCUCCUCCAGCCUUCCCUUCAUGCCCGUCUCCAUCAAGCAGGAGCCCCAGUCUCCGGUCCACGUCAGCUCAGGGCUGGACGCUGACGAACCCCCCACCCUCUGCGCUCACAGCACCACCCCAGAGCUCCCUUCAGAUCUUGGCCUAAACCUUCGUCCAUCUACUGACAGAAAGUCUCAGCUGUUCCCAACUAAAACAGAACAUGAGAAGGAGAACUUUGGAGAACUCAUGGACUGCAAAGAGAGCCUGUCAGGACUAGUUCAAAUGAUGGACAAGGAGAUCCAGGCCGGUAGAAGCAGUCCGCCUGACUCCAAAAGCCACAUAAAGCUCUUGUCACCCAGUAGGAGGGGCUCUGAGGUGGGCGGGGCCAUUGAAAGUACAGAAGCCCCGCCCUUUGAGCCCCCGCCGGUGCCUUCAGUCCUUCAUUUACCAGCCUCUCCUGGAAAUGGAAAGCGUGUCAGGAAGCUGAAGAAGAGGAAGGUGUUGAAGAAGGCCCAGGGGGCGGAGCAACCCGAGAGCAGCGACACCGAGCUGGACGCCGAGGCCCUGAGGCCGAGGUGGCUCCGCCCACGCAGAAGGUCCAGCGGCGGCUCUCAGGUCAGCACCUCCACCCUGCAGAUGGAGGACAGGGAGGGGGACAUGAACGUGGAGGAGACGGGGGAGGCGGCAAAACCUGGUCCGGAGCAGGUCCCGCCUCCUAGACAGAUGGGCCAAGUGCCUCAGGUCGCCCAGGCAACGCCGGCAGCAAAUCAGAAACCAGAGGAAAGUAUGGAGGUCACCGCAGCCACUCAGCAGCCCACGGAACCAGAACCUGUCCCGGUUCAGGUCCCAGACUCUUCCAGACCAGAACCACAGAACGUGGCCUGCAACGAAGUCUCGUCCACCAGUGACAUGGACAUUUCUCCAGUCCACUCCUCGGACAAUGACGUGCCAAUAAUUGUCACGAUGCCAAACAUGGAGAAGGCUUCAUCAGACGCGUCCUCUGACCACGGUGAGGACGACAUUCCCACUGAGGGUGUGUUCGAGGGCCACGCAGAGGCGGUGAACGCCAUUCAGAUCCACAACGGGCUGCUGUACACGUGUUCAGGAGACCGGACUGUCAGAGCCUUCGACCUGGUGAGUCAUAAAUGCGUGGGUGUGUUCGAGGGUCACAGCUCCAAGGUGAACUGCCUGUUGUUGUCCACGAACCCCUGCCUGCAUCACCGCCUCUACACCGGCUCCAGCGACCAGACCAUCCGCUGUUACAGCCUCAAGCAGCAGAAGUUUCAGAAUCAGUUCUCUCUGUCCGAUCGAGUCCUCUGCCUCCACAGCCGCUGGAAGAUUCUGUACGCCGGGCUGGGCAACGGUACCGUGGUGACCUUUAACCUCAAGAUCAACAGACAGGUGGAUGUGUUCGAGUGUCACGGGCCGCGGGCCGUCAGCUGCCUGGCCACGUCCCAGGAGGGCACCCGCAGGAUCCUCCUGGUGGGGUCGUACGACAGCACCAUCAGCGUGAGGGACGCCAAGAACGGACUCCUGCUGCGAACGCUGGAGGGACACAGCAAAACGGUGCUUUGUAUGAAGGUGGUCAAUGAUCUGGUGUUCAGUGGCUCCAGUGAUCAAAGCGUCUACGCUCAUAAUAUGCAUAGCGGAGAGUUAAUGCGGGUCUACCAGGGCCACACUCACGCCGUUUCCGUGGUCGCCGUUCUGGGGAAAGUGAUGGUGACCGCCUGCCUUGACAAACUGGUCCGGGUCUACGACCUCCAGUCCCAUGAGCUGCUGCAGGUCUACGGAGGACACAAGGACAUGGUGAUGUGCAUGAACAUCCACAAGAACAUGAUCUACACGGGCUGCUACAACGGCAGCGUCCACGCCGUCAAGCUGAACCUGAUGCAGAACUACCGCUGCCGGUGGCACGGCUGUUCGCUGGUCUUCGGGGUGUUGGAGCAUCUCCAGGACCACCUCCUCAACGACCACGCCACCAUCAACGUCCAGACGCUCAGGUGUCGCUGGAAAAACUGUGAAGAGUUUUUCUGUACCCGGAACAGCUCCAAACAGACGUUGCUUUUGCACAUGCAGAAACACACGGAGGAGGAGACUGAACCGGAGCCUUAAGAGCUGCAGGAAAUGAAGGUUUCCUCCAAGCUCACUUCCCUACUUUUCUUCCUGUAACCUAUCACCUUUAACCCCCCCCUCUGUUCACCUCCCAUAUUGGGGGGGAUUGAUCGAUCGUUCUCGGGACCCGCUUGUGACGAGUGGCGUCCGAUGACUCUAUCCUUUCUGAUCCGUGUUGGAAUCCAACCAUAUAACAAUAAUAACCGAGGAGGGUUGGUUGUGUUCUCGUCUUUUUUUUUUUUUUUUUUACGUUCUAUAAAAACACACCUUCCUCUUCUGUCUAAAGUCAGACCAUUGCUGUUCGACCAAAACAAAUGUGACUUUUGUUUAUUGAAGAAACUCCAGCGUUGACGCCAGAGCGAGGGAUUGUGACGCUUCCUGUUGAAAAGCUACAACACGACCCCAGCUGAUAAACCGCUGGGUUGACUUCACUAUGGCAUGGGUUAAGAGAUGUUUUAUUGUUGUUGUGCGGUUGUGACGUUUCAUUUUGAGCAACUUAUAUUAUUUUUCCUCUUUUUAUUUUGUCACGUUGCCCUUAUUCCCUCAGAAUAGUGUUUGGUAGCUUCAGACUUGGAGUGAUGUUUGGAUCCAUGUGUCUGUGGUUGUUUUCAGGAGGAUCUAUUUACUCAUGGUUUGGUUUUAUUUUAUUUUCAGAGAGCCCCUUUCUCUAACCUUUUUGGGUUUUUUGUUUUUUUGUUUAUUUUUUUUUGUUGCUCAUUGAUAUUAAGGCAUGGAGGGACUUUGGUGCAGUGUUUGUGUGACUUGUGGCCUCACGUUGCCAUUUGAGACUUUUCAUUUGUGGUGAGAACAGAAACAGAGCCGAGACGUUGUGAUGAUCGUGUGUCUGUGAACAUGUUCUUCUCGACAAAGGGCUGUGAAGAUCCCUGUUUUCCAUGAGUGUGUGUGCAUGUGGUACUGUUUUUGAUGCGAUUUCCUCCCUGGAGAUCUUUUUUCUUUUUUUAAUUUAAUUUAAUUUUUUUUUUUUUUACGUUGGAGCAUCGAGCAGAAGGCGCCUGAACUGUUUUUCCGAAGCGAGGACAGUUUUCUAACGAAGAGGCAUUAGUGUGGAGGUGAAGGACGUUUCGCGGAGGUGUUUGAUGGACGAGCUUGAAAAGAAGGAUUAGGUUUUAUCUCCCAUGCCAUAACCUCAGCCCACUGAAAACAGGAAGGCAUUAACCAGUGUUCAGCAGCGCGGAAGGCCAGCCGAUGCUCUAUGUGGUGUGGUUACGACUCUCGGUUGUGUCUUCUCUCUCUCUCUCUCUUUUCUUUUUUUGAGGAUUUGUUUCUCAGAUUUAACCCGACGUUCUUCCCGUUGUCAUCCAUUCAUAACGCGAACAGUUCACCUCUGCUCUGGCAUUCCUGAGUUUCUUCAACAUGUUAAUCUUUUCUCUACGUUGUAAACGGAUAUUUUUUAAGAAUGUGCAAUUAAAGAAAGUGUUAUUAAAAAAAUAUUAUUAAAACACUGUAAAC